UGUUUUACAGUGGCCCAUCCUCAGGAGCCUCACCACCCCUCUGAGAAGCCGGUCAUCCACUGCCAUAAAUGCGGGGAGCCAUGUAAAGGUGAAGUACUCCGUGUCCAGGCCAGGCACUUCCACAUCAAAUGCUUCACCUGCAAAGUGUGUGGAUGUGACUUGGCACAAGGAGGCUUUUUCAUUAAGAACGGGGAGUAUCUUUGCACCUUGGAUUACCAGCGCAUGUACGGUACCCGCUGCAACGGCUGUGGGGAGUUCGUGGAAGGCGAAGUAGUGACAGCUCUGGGAAAAACUUACCAUCCAAGCUGCUUCGCCUGUACUGUUUGCAAGCGUCCAUUUCCACCAGGCGAUCGCGUGACCUUUAAUGGAAGGGACUGUCUCUGUCAGAUGUGUGCACAGCCCAUGUCCCCCAGUCCAAAGGAGUUGUCUGCCUCAAGCA